AUGCCGGUUAUCGCGCGUGGAAAUCGGCCGGAUGAGGCACUGCUGAAGGCAACGCACACAACCGGCCAACAAUCGCGGCAAACGCACUACACGAUAACGUCGACGAGUCACAAACCGACACUUCAUCAAUCCCGGACGCGCUUCCUUCCGAUCGAGUUUGAUCGUAAUGGCAAAGCUUUCCCAACGCCCGACCCGACACGUCCGGCCGACAUUCAGGACUACUACAAGCUCCGUAUGGAAUGUCUACGCUCGGGAAAGUUGUUUGAGGAUCCAGAAUUUGCGGCUGACGACUCGUCGCUGCACUUUUCAGUCAUCCCGGGUCAACCGUCGGCGUACAAGUGGUUGCGACCGCACGAGAUCAGCAAGGAUGCGGUGUUCGACUCCGAUGGGUUCUCGCGGUUUGACAUCCAGCAGGGAAAACUGGGCGACUGCUGGCUGUUGGCAGCGGCCGCCAAUCUCACCACGUUCCCGGUGCUGUUUAGUCGCGUCGUGCCAGACGACAACGAUCAAAUUCAGGGCGGUCGAAAGGGUGUAGACUAUGCCGGGAUAUUUCACUUCCGUUUCUGGAGGUUUGGCCAGUGGUACGACGUAGUAGUUGACGACCGGCUACCGACGAUUCGCGGACAGCUCGCCUACAUCAAGUCCUCCACCCAGCAUGAGUUUUGGAGCGCCCUGCUAGAGAAGGCGUAUGCGAAGCUGUUUGGGUCGUACGAGGCGCUCUCAGGUGGAUCAGCGAGUGAAGCCAUGGAGGACUUCACGGGUGGCCUCACGGAAGGAUACGAGAUGCAGGGCGCCCCCAGCAACCUGUUCGAGUUGAUCGAAAAAGGUUGCAACAAUUACGCGAUGUUCGCGUGCAGCAUCGAAGCAGGCGCUGGUGAGAUGGAACAAGAAACCCCGCAGGGUUUGAUAAAAGGACACGCGUACUCCAUCACAAAGGCGCAAGCCGUGGACAUCGAGACACCCCGAGUGAAGGGCAAGAUUCAGCUGCUGCGUCUCCGAAACCCUUGGGGCAACGAAAACGAAUGGAACGGAGCAUGGAGCGACAAAUCCCCCGAGUGGCGGUUUAUCACGGAGGACACUAAACGCACGAUCGGGCUAACGUUCGAGGUGGAUGGUGAAUUCUGGAUCUCGUAUCCGGACUUCCGGAAAUACUUUGAUCGUGUUGAGAUGUGCCACCUCAGCCCUGAUUGCCCGAUCGCGCUACAGGAAAGUCGGUUUGCUUGGAGACAAUCGGCGUUCGAAGGUGAAUGGGUGCUGGGAAGCACGGCUGGUGGAUGCCGGAACUAUCUGGACACCUUCUGGCACAACCCGCAGUACGUGAUCCGGUUGGAUGAUCCCGAUGCCGAUGAUGACGAUCAGAUGUGUACGCUGAUUGUGUCGCUGAUACAGAAGAACCGACGUUCGAAGCGGAACAAAGGCAUCGCAUGCCUAACGAUCGGGUUCGCGAUCUAUCGCAUAGAUGAUCCGGGUGAUCUUCAACGGAAACCACUGCCGCGGGAGUUCUUCGCCAAGCAUCUGUCUGUGGCGAAGUCGACGUUCAUCAAUCUGCGUGAAGUAACGUGCCGGUAUCGAUUACCUCCCGGUUCGUACGUUAUUCUGCCAUCGACGUUCGAACCUAAUGAGGAGGGCGAGUUCAUGAUACGCGUGUUCUCCGAGUGUGCCAGCAACAUGCAGGAGAAUGACAAUGAGAUCAGUGUUGGCUCACCGGCGGAUUCGUCCACUAAACCACGGGUCGGAGUUGGUCUUCCUUCAAAACCGCCUUCGAAUGAAGUCGAACCGGCCGUCACCGAUGCCCAGAGGGCCACUAUGGAGCGUCUGUUCAUCGAAGUAGCCGGAGAGGAUGGAGAAGUGGAUUGGAUGGAGCUGAAGCUCGUACUUGAUCGUUGCUUCCGCGAGGAUAUCGCGAAAGCUUCACGAGGAAUCUCAAGGACAUACCAAACGCGCGCUCUCCCCAUUGAGAAGUCGUCAGUUUCUGAGACUCGGACCGCGACACCGCAAUCAAGCUUUGAUCGAGCUCUCUGCGGCGCGUGGGCGAGGCUGCAUGAGCUGUUCCGGGACAUCGCUGGCGGGGACAACAGAACAGUUUCGAUCUCAAAUGGAGCGACCGGAUCAAGCGAACAGGCGGAGCUAAUGCAAAGUGAAAACGUUGCAUCUGUGCUUGCCGAACCAUCAUCCGUCGGUUUCUCGAAGGACGCUUGCCGCUCGAUGGUCGCCAUGCUGGAUGAAGAUGGCUCGGGCAAGCUUGGAUUUGCUGAGUUCCAAAAGCUGCUUGCUGACAUUGCCCGUUGGAAAGGUGUGUUCAAACAGUUCGACAGUGAUCAGAGUGGCCGGAUCAGUCCGUUCGAGUUGCGAGCAGCGCUGCAGUCCGCAGGAUACACCCUGAACAACCACAUCGUAAACAUGCUGAUGCACCGAUACGGUUCAAAAGAGGGUGAAAUUUGGUUCGACGAUUUCAUCACUUGCGCCGUCAAGAUCCGCACCAUGUUUGACAUUUUCCGAGCCCGUGACCUGAGCAACCGAAAUGAAGCUCGUUUCACGCUGGAAGAAUGGAUCGCUAAAACGAUUUACUCGUGAGCUGUUCUGGUGUUGUUGGUGCUAGUGCUAAUUCAUUAUUGAAACGGCAGAAUCAAAUAUACAAUUUAUGUGUAUGAUUUGUCCCAUAACUUUCUCGGUAACUUAGGGUCGUUUUUGCUUUUACCCGAAAGACUCCACAACAAUGAAGCUUUAAAAAUAGAUAGUGAUACCAGUGGUUUUGCUAUAGUUAGAAGACUUCUCGAGUUUUAUCUUAAGGCUUCACCUAGGAUUGCAAUUUUGCUAAAUAAAAGAGUAGCUAUUCCGAUUUGAUUAAUAUUUCUGCGAAUGACAGAUAUUCCUAUUCCCCACAAUGUUUCUGCCGCCGUACUACU